ACUUUGACUGGAAAUACUAGUGACGUGAACUGUUCUGUCAGCUGGUAAUUCCCUGAGUCAAACCUGAUCUGCAGGGCGUCCUCCUCUAAACGUUACUGAUUUCAUUUUAUGACCACAGCCAUGUGGGGAGAUUUAAAAAGAAGGAUGAUCAGCUCAAGAAAACGAGUCCUGGAGGAGGUGGAAACAGCAGACAAGAAGAAGCAAAGAGUUACUGAGCAGCAGAGGCGUCAUUAUGGACUAAUUAAUCAGGGAGCCACAUGUUAUCUCAACAGUGUCCUGCAAGUUCUCUUCAUGACCCCUGAGAUCUAUGGCAGGUUGGAUCCAAAAUCCCUGAUCACUGAUCAAGAGCUGAGAAAGAUCUUUGAAAAACUGCAGGAAACAACAUGUGGGACAGAAAACAUCACAAAGAGUUUGGAGAUUGAGGAUGUUUAUGAACAAGAGGAUGCUGCUAAAUGCUUGGAGCUGAUUUUAGAUAAGGUCAGUCCACAGGUCUCUGAGGUUUUCCAGGGACAGCUGGCAUACACGACAAAAUGCUUCAAAGGCCACAGCAUCAAUGAAGAGACUAAUCCAUUCUGGACUCUUCCACUGUCACUCAGAGAUAUGCACGAUGGAAACUACAGUGUGGAAAGAGGCUUUGAAAAGAUUUUCCAGACAAAAUUCUACAAGGAAGACAACAUGUUGUUCUGCAAGCAAUGCAAAAAGAAAACAGAGGCAGCCAGUGGAUGUGAGAUGGUGGAAUCUCCUCACAUUUUGAUUCUGCUCCUCAAGAGAUUUGUCUUCGAUUACAACAUCAUGUCGGAUGUGAAGUCAGACUGCAGUGUGGACGUACCGCAGGAAAUAGAAACACAGGGCAAAAAGUACAAACUAUAUGGGAUUGUGAAUCACAUGGGCAGUCUGACAGGUGGACAUUACACAGCCACAGUCCGGUCCAGAGAAGAUAAAACCUGGUAUGACUGCGAGGACACUCACGUCCAAAAGGCCGAAGAACAACCAUUUGCAAAAGCCAGGACCUACAAUUCCAGCACUGCAUAUCUGCUCAUGUACAGAGCCUCCGUGAGUAGAGACGAGGUGAAAGAAGAACAGGAAGAACCCUGCAAGAGUCAGCUAACAUCAAGAAGAACCCUCUUCUGAUUCUGCUCAUCGUUUUAGGUUGUGCACUAAUUAUAAUACUUGUUGUUGUGCUGGCAAGUCUGAACAGAAAUUGAGAGAGAGAGGAAGGAUGGUUACUGUGCACGGAUUCAGAAACAAUGGCCUGAAUUCUAAUCAGUAAUUUUCUAUUAGGACGACAAAGAAAAAGUUUACAUGUGUGCAUGGAACUGUGUUUUGUAGACGGCAGUGAUUAAUGUUAUAAAUCAACUUUAUUUUUUUGUUUGUUUCGUGUUAAAAAAUGGCAAAAUUGUUUGAAUAAUCAAGGGAUAAAAUCAGUUGUACAUUGGUGUGAUCAUGAAGUAUUAAAGUUUGAUUUAAAAGAGGUGUAAUUUCAAAUGCAAAAAGAUUUACUGCACAAGUGUUUUGUAUUCACCGAACAGAUGUUUCCUCAUAGUAAACAGAAGCCUUGAAAAUCUGCUUUGAGCAAUAUAGUAUUUUUCAAAGUUAUAACAGCUUUAGUUAUUGUGAGAGAUUACUUGAAUGAUGUGUGUAUUUCACUUUUUGUGUUCAUCUUGGGUGAGGUUCUGUUAAAAAUAAUUUUUUAAAAAAAACAGCCAAUGUCAUGUGUUUCUCUGUACAAAUCUGGAAUUGGCAACAUUAUAUACAGCAUCUGAUGCUAUAGUUUUGUACAUCAGAUACAUUACAGUAAAUUACUGACACUUUC